CGCUACGGCCAAGUUGAUAUCAGUGGAUAUCAUAAACAGCUAAUAAUGGCAUAAUAAAAGUUUUUAUAUUAUAAAAUGCCAAUAGAUUGGCGUUAGAAAUUUCAGUUGACUCUGAAACCUCGGUCGAUUUCGUCGCAAUAAUGUCGACACGUUACAUUUUAUCCCUAUUCACUUGCCUUUUGGCACUAACUGCUAUUAGCAGCAGCAAUGCAGCACCCAAUGGGCGUGUUGUUGGCGGUGCUGAUGCUGCUGUUGGACAAUUCCCCCACCAAGUCUCACUACAACGUAGUGACGGUUCACACACCUGUGGCGCCUCAAUUAUAAGUGAAACAUUCAUUGUUACGGCGGCGCAUUGUGUUGUCGUGGGGGAGGGCAUUGAACCUUAUCCACCUCGAUUUUACCAAGUACGUGUGGGCAGUAUUCAACGCACAAUCGGUGGACAACUAUUGAAAUUGAAACGCAUUAUAGUUAAUAAAGCUUACGGCGAUUUCCAUAACGACAUAGCUCUCUUAGAAUUGGAGAAACCAUUGGUCUUCACCAAAAACAUACAACCCAUCGAAUUGGCCGAAGAGGAAGUACCCUCGGGUGAAAAUGUUAUAAUCUCUGGUUGGGGACGUCUAUCCACCAACGGCCCGAUACCACAUCGCUUACAAUGGAACACAUUAAAAGCGCUAAACGCGCAAGAAUGUAACGAAGCAAUUGAAAUGGGUUAUGAUUCUGUGAUUUGUUUGGCUCAUAAUCCCGAUCAUGGUACUUGCUUUGGUGAUUCUGGCGGUCCUGCCACUUAUAAGGGUAAAUUAGUGGGUCUUGCCAGUUUUGUAUACGGCGGCUGUGGUACUACUAAUCCAGAUGGUUAUGCUAAGGUGGCAUACCUACGUGAAUGGAUUCGGGCUAAUACGGGUGUGUAAAAUGAGUGAUUCUGUGAGAGAAAUAUGGAAAAAUAGUUAUAUCUCAAAGAGAAAAAAAAUUAAGUAAUAAAGUAAUAGACAAAUUUCA